AUGGUCACCAGAGUGUGCGCGGCCUACGAGGUGCACGAUGGCACGUGUGACCAGUGCGAACCCGACCAGGCUCCGCGGGCCGACGAAGUGUGCCGAGAAUGCGGCUUCUACUACUGCACCCGCCACGCCGACGAGCACAAGUGGAGGUUCCCCAGUCACCACCUGGUCAAGAACACGCAGGGCCUCCAGGCCAGGACCUCGCGAGCCGGCGGGGAGAGGCCCGGGAAGGAAGAGAUCACGGUCAAGGUGGAGCCGCGGCAGGAGCUAGAAAGCGCCUUGGAGGACAGUGACUCGGAAGGAGGGAGCGAGACCGGUGAGGAGAGUGAAGAGGAGGACAGUGAGCCAGAAAGCGAAAUGAUGGAAGAAGACAUCCAAGGAAGGUCCGUGUCGGAAAGAGAAACUAAGGCAGAAAGCAAAUUGGACCGAAAAAGAGCACUGGAAGAAAAGAGAACGUCCAAGAGGAAGUAUGCAGACCAAGGGCUUGAUUUGAGCCCCUACUCCCAGAAAGACAAGCCGAUCAUCUGUGUCCUUGGGACUCAGCAGGGUCACCAGCUUUACACCUUAGAUGAAGCCUUUGAAGAACUAAUAAGCAAAGACUCCACUAGAGUGAAGGCAGCCAUUAUAGAGUUGGUGGAAAAGUUAAAGCUCAAGAGUUCAGAUCCUAAAGUAACUCAGAAAGAGAUAAAGGAGUUCAUACAAAAAGAAUUUAAGAAAGUUCAGCAAGUGCUUGCUGAUGAGGAGCAUAAAGCUGUGCAUCUAGUGGAUAUCCAGGAAGAAAUGGACAGAGAUCAUCUAACUGAGAUACUGGCAGACCUUCAGUCCCGUAUGGAUAAGCAGAGGACUCAGAUGCCCCAGGCCAAGGAACAACUUGGUACCUCUAACAAAUCAGCUAAGCCAAGGGCAGGGUGUGCUUAGGAAGGACCCAGUGGUGCCAGUGAAUAAGAGAACACAUGAAGGCUUGCCAUCAGAGUAGAAAACAACCCCUUCCCUUGUGUAUAUGUAACGGGCUUCUGACUUCUCUGAAGACUGCCCAGCAACAAAUGUACUCCCACCGGAUAUACCUCUAGAUCCACAGCAGGCACAUAUGUUUCCAAUGAAUGACCAGUUUUAUGCUUACUAUGUACUUCUCAUUCUCUUGUUGCAAUAAGUCAAAUAAAGAGCCUCUUUGAGCAACUAAGAAGGGCCCUUCAGGUAUCCCCUCAAUGGCUGCUUUGAACUUACUCAGGAAAGCGAGCCCCUAUAAUGUUGUGUAAGUCAACAGUAAUACUUCAUUAGUGAUCUGAAAUAAUCAUGAAAGGAAGUUAGAGGGUUUUUGCCUACCUGCAAACAAAAACUCUACUUUGUUCACUCUGAAGCAUGAAACAAACAAGACAAAGUAGGGCUUUACUGACUCAUGUCCACAGUCUCCAUAGUCCAGUUCUACCUUUGUGAAAAUGUGAUGCUGUAAAUUAGGAUGGAUGACCUGAAAAUGAGAUUGGAGAAAGAGUUAAAAGCUAAAAAAAAAAAAAAAGACAUAUUUUUAGCAUAUGAGGUCAUUCAGGACUUCAGAUUCAUAAUUCAGUGUUGUGGAAAUGAAAGUAUAAUAAUUUUGUCAGCAGAGACUGUCAACUGCAAACUAUCUUAAGAAACCAGAACAAUAUCCCGUUAAAUCAAGCAGAGACUUACUGCAUCCAGGGAGGCCACUUACUACCUCAACAUCAUCCUAGUUGCAUCUUGCAGGAGAGAAGAGGAUUUGAAAAACACUGUUUUUAAGACUGUCGGACCUACUUUAAGGCAUGCCAUGACUUUCAGUGGUGUGAUCUGCUUGGUACUGAACCAAGUUUAUAAUAUAAUAAGACUAAUGCACACAGUAAGGGCAGGAUUUGGAAGAGUCUUUGAGGAGUAAACCAUCAUUUUAUGAACCCAGCUGCAAGAUCUAUUGUUCUGAGAGGAGGUUAUUUACUUAAUGAGAACAAAUAGAUUUUAAAGACAAACUCAGGAGGUUCUGAAAUAAACGAUAGUUACUUGCAGCUUCAUCUUUCUGGGAAGAAUUUCUGUGAUAAUAAAGUCAAGUUAACACCGAGGUUGAAAGUAAAAUCACCUUAAUGUGGACAGUAGACUGGGUACAGAUGGCUUCACGUGUCAACAACAGAUGAUGUUUGAAAUAAAAUGUGAGAAUGAAUAUUGACAGUCCUUAUAUAUCAUUUUGAAGUGUAUGACAUGGGGGGAAAGAGGGGAUCAAGUUCGGUCCUGUGCCAAAGUGCUUUGCAAAAAAAAGAAAUUCAUCUGAUUCUACUAGCAAUCCUAAAAAAUGUAAUUAUUUUACCCAUAUUUCAGAUAAUACUGAGAAUUAGGGAGGCUAUAUUUUAAAAGUAAUCCUUGCUUAGUAUCUCUUAAGGAAUGGGUGAAGCCAGAUUUCAAAUCCAGUAAUUAAAUCAUUUGCCACCUUCUUCAUUGAUCUGCUUAUGAACAACUUUGGUUCUUUAAAAUCUAUGAUAUGUCAGGCACUGUUUUAGGCAAUGGAGAUAUCUUGAUUAACAUGACAUAUAUAGACUGUAGCUUCUUGGUGUUUAUAAUUUAGAGGGGAAAAGAGAUGGUAUGGAGAAAAAAAAGAUUAUUUCAGGAGUCUAAAAACUUCCCUGGUAUCAUUAACUAUAGAUAUCUAGAUUAGAUGGCAUUUUAAAUCAGCACUUUGGUAUAAAAUUGGCAAAAUCAGGAAAGUUGAGCAUCCUAACAAGUGUAUGCAUCCUGAGCCUUCUGAUAAAUCAGUGUGUGGCAGGAGGGUGGGAAACAGGCUCAGAGAGGAGGGGAGAAGAGAGUGUUUCCUCCGCUGUGUGGGCAUUUGGCAAUAUUUCUCAAUUUCUGGCCUACAUCACUCUCUGUGUGAGUUCUGCACACAGAGGAAGGGACUCAAGCAAUUUUUCCAACAUUCUCAGCUAUUGUCCAAAAAUAUCUCGUAGACAAUUUUUUUCUGGGAAUGAACAAUGAGUAGUCAUGCUGUCAAUAUCUGUUCAGUCAUUUACCUAAGAUCCCAAGAAACAUGGCUUGCUGUGUAUGGUUCAUUUCAUUGGUGACAAAUUUCUCCACUUUGGAAGCUUUGGUGAAUCUUUAUCCCAAAGUGGCCCAGUUGUUCAUCUAUGGCUGAGUGAUGGGGGGUUUGUGAUAAGACAAAGCUUCUAACCCACCUUUCUUAGGGCAGAAGUUGGUCACCUAGUUCUCUCUGGGAGUGUGAAUAACGAUAACUGGCAUUUUUACACUGCAUGACAGUUUACAAAGGCACUUCUCAUGCAGUUAUAUUGUUUUAAUAUAACACAGAUAAGAAAAUGAUGUACAAAGAGAAUAAGUGUCCUUCUCUAACAUCUCUGGGCCCAGCAAUAAACUAUGAUGUAUUCUAAUUCUAACCCCUCUGUCCUUCCCACUAUUCCAGUGCUAACAUUCCAUUUCAAUCCCCCUCCCUUUCCUCUGUCACCUCUCACCCCUCCUCCCCCUCCCUUUUGCUUUGCAUAUUUUUAAGGCUGAAAGGGGAAAGAAAAAAAAAACAUGCCAGGUGCAGUGGUGCUUGCCCAUAAUCCUAGCAACUUGGAAGACUGAGGCAGGAGGAUAGCAAUUUAAAGGCCAAACUCAGCAACUUAGUGAGACUGGGUCUCAAAAUGUAAAAAGUGAAUAAAAAUGGUUGCCGAUAUGGCUCAGUGGUAGAAUUCUCCUUGGUUAGGUUCCCUGUAGUGGGGAGAGAAAAGCCACACUUAACUAAGCUCUUAUUUUUACUAACUUCAUUCUUCCAUCACUAUUAUUUAUAAAUAUAUUAUUAGUGUUCCCAUCACAAAUUACAGACAGCACCUUUAGUCCUGUUGGCCUCCAUAUGGCUGGUUGACUGGUGACUGCAGAUCUCAAACUAGGCCUUGUUUAUUUUUAUUUCUUUAUUAUGCUCUACCUUUAUUUGUUAAAGUUAUAAUCAGGAGAUAAGAUUUUGCAUUAAGAAGAAAAUACCCACACAUUCCUCUCUGAGCAGAGAGUUCACUGAAACUUACUUUGAAAUGUAUCUCCUAUUCCCCUAAAAAAAAGAUCAUUAGAGAAGAAAUCUAUUCCUCCUCAGUAAACUUUAC